ACUUUAUAUUCUCACCCUGUUACAUAAAGUACUGUUAUAAAGGCCAAAUUAAAAUAUGAGACUCAUAGGAAGGCGUUUUUUUGCAACUUUGAGGCUUUCUCCGGCACUCGCAAGUAGAAGAACACAAUACCUAUCUUCUUCCUAUUUAAGUGGAAGAGGAAAGGCAGGUUCAUAUUCUUCUCAAGCUUUUGGUAUAUCAGCUUCGUUAACCUUUGCAUACGCUUGCUAUUCAUCGCUAAAAUCUCAAAGUUUCUGUGACGGCUUCGAAAAGGUUGAAUUGGGUAAACUAGUCGACUUCCAGGAUGGAGAAUCCUAUGAAGUGAAGAUUCGUGGAGGCAAGGACAUGGUCCUGGUUUCCAAGGUAAGGGGGAAGUUGUACUGCACUGGAUACGCUUGUCCACAUUCUGCCGCUGCAUUUAUUAACGGUGGCCUCACAGAUGAGUGCCUAGUUUGCCCCUGGCAUAAUGCCAAAUUCAGCAUCGAAGACGGUACUUGUCUUAAUGGCCCAUGCUUUACUGGACUGCCUACAUACAAGGUUCUUGAAGAAGAUGGAAAGUUGUACGCAUUCUUGCCUCCUUAUCCCCUUCCAGCUUCAGUGGAAAUGCCAAAAGAGAAACUAUCCGAGCGUGAUUCUCGUGUUUUCGUAAUAUGCGGAGGUGGUGCCGCUGCGCAUUCUGCCGCUGAAACACUGAGAUCCAAGGGAUUUACAGGGCGAGUAUUGAUCUAUAGCGAUGAAGUCCAUCUUCCAUACUACCGUCCACAUUUGACAAAGUCUUUCCACGAAUCGUAUGACAAGGUUCCAACCGAUCAAGCUUUGCGCCCACUCAGUUUUUACAAGGAUAACAAAAUUGAGUUUUACGGAGGUAAAGCUGUAAAAACCAUAGAUACCAAGAAUAACCUUAUCACUUUGGAUGAUGGUACAACCGUUAAAUACGACAAAGUUCUCGUGGCUACCGGAUCACUCUCUGUAAAGUUGCCAAUGACUAAUGGUAUGACUUUGACCAAUCACUUUACUGUGAGGACUGUUGAUGAUAUGAAGCAUUUGGCUGCUUCCGUUAAGCCAGACCAAGAUGUCGUUAUAGUUGGUGCUAAUUUCAUUGGCUGUGAGUUGGCUUCAGCUCUCAAGCCUUCAGGUGCUAAACUUACCGUUUUGACUAAUAUGGAAACACCUAUGGAAAACAUUAUUGGAAAGCGCGCUGGUUCUGUCAUAGGAAAAUUACUUACAGACAACGGUGUCAAGUUUUUACCACAUGCAGCCGUUAAGGAAUACAAAAUCAAGGGGAGCAAGAUCACUGAUGUAGUCUUGGGUGAUGGAACUGUUCUAAAGGCUGAUUGCGUCGUCGAGGGUGUUGGUGCUAAGGUGGACGCAAGUUUGCUUCCGACUGCUCAAUUGGCUAAAAAUGGAACCAUUAGGGUAGAUGAAUCUUUCAGGUGUUUGGGUUGCCCAGAUAAUGUGUUUGCCGCUGGCGAUGUUGUUUCCUAUCCUUACCAUCUUAACGGUGAUGAGAUAUCAAUUAAGCACUGGAAUGUAGCUUUGCAACAUGGAAGAGUGGCAGCAAGCAAUAUGCUUGACAAACCUGCUAAGAUGACCAUGGUUCCAUUCUUCUGGUCCAAUUUCUUCAAGAAGGGAUUCAGAUUUGCUGGUGUUGUCGAUGGUACUGAAGAGAUUCUCCAUGAGGGUGACGUAGAUAACCUAAAGUUUGUCACAUACUACAUAAAGGACAAAAACAUUGUUGCUAUGAUGACAAUGGGAAUGGAUAAGGUCGGUGCCGCAAUGACAGAGGCUUUCGACAAGAAGUGCCUUCCUUCCUAUGCUGCUCUCAAGAUGGGCGCCGCAAACUCUCAGCACAUACUAGACUGUAUGCACAAGUUACGUUCUUAG